UCUCUAUCGUUAGAACGCACUCUCUCACUGUUUGCGAGUUGAGACUGACUUUUUGGCCAACCUAUUUCUCAUGGAUUAUUCCCUGUUGGUUGGGAUCGACCCAUCCACCAACCAGUUGGUGGUCGGCCUGAUCGACUACCUGAGGAAGUUCACCUUCGACAAACGGAUGGAAAUGAUGAUUAAGCAGACCAUAACCAGUGCCCAAGCCCCACCACCCACUAUCCUGACUCCGGACUUGUAUCGCGAACGCUUUCUGAUGCAAAUGGACAACUAUUUUAUUCUCGUUCCCGAUCACUGGUACGAUAGCAUGGCAGAGCACACAGAGGCUUGGCAGGCACGCCGCUGCACACUGCCACAGCAUGCCCAGCAACCCACGGUGAUGGAAAAUGUGGAUUCCUGAUGUAACUACCCCAUCCGUUCUAACUUCUUGCAUGCAGUUUACCACGCAUCUGCGCAGACGUUUGAUCUAUUUUCUUUUACCUUUGUAUUUUUCUUAUUCGCCUUGGCAAUCUGUGACAUUUUUUAAUUUUUCAUUGUUUUACAUCUCAUUUGCCUGGAUGUUUUUAUCUUGAAUAGAGUCGAUUAUUUGGA